AUGGCCACAACACAGGCGCGUCUCCAGGUCCUCUCAGAGGACUAUCAAAAACUUCAGCAGGAUCUGCAGUCGUCUGUCGAUUCGAGACAGAAGCUUGACGGACAGCGUCAAGAGAACCUGAGCGUGCAAAAGGAAUUCGAGACACUGACUGAGGAUGAAACCAUCUACAAGCUUUCCGGACCUGUCCUUCUGAAGCAAGAAAAGUUUGAGGCUGAAAACACUGUCAAGGGAAGACUUGACUUCAUUGGCAAUGAGAUGUCGCGCCUCGAGUCGCAAAUCAAAGAAACACAAUCAAAGAUUGAAAAGAAGCGAACAGAAAUCAUUCAAGUCCAAACAGCAGCUCAACAAGCUGCUGCAAAUACUGGCGCGAAGUGA